UGUUGGACUUCAACAAGCUAGCGAGGGGCAACGCUAGACAAAAACAGGUCCAGCUGACUUCUCCCGGGGAGAGACACGUCUGCUAGACCCGGGCGGUCGGAAUACCUUACACAAAAUCUCCUAAUAAUUAGCACUGUUAGCACCGGCACGGGUUGUCCCGGCUCGGUUCCCUAGCGCGAACGUUAGCCACCGAAACAUGCUCAUUGCUCGGAGUGUGACGCCUGAUUUUUUUCUCGCCGCCGCUGGUCGAGGCUUGUGAUGCGAGCCGAGUUGCAGCACGACAGAGGGUGAGACAAGAGCGGAAUAUAUCUUUUCUGGACACGGAAGAAUGGACUUUGUCGCGGAGAAACUGACGGGCUCACUCAAAGAAGCAGGCAUGCGACCGUACACGGGCCUGGACGUCGUUGUUGGACAACAACUUUAGCAAGCUAGCAAGCGUUAGCUCGCUUUAAUUCAAGCAGAUGAAUUGGUUCGGUGUCGGACAGUAAGCUCACUUUGCUUUGCGUAAUGGAGGCACCCUGAGUGACUUAUUCGUUCCAAUUGAUUGUCCUGGUCCUCGUAAAUACUGCUGGCAAUGUGCUGACGACCGGGAGCAAUAGGACACGGUUUGCAGAAAUUAUCAAGAGCUGGUUACCUGCCCGGGUAAUAGUUCAACAAAGUUCCUUCGUGUGGUCUUCAAAUAAUUACUUAAUAUCUAUUUCAUGCAGAUAUCACAUAUUUAUUGCAUUGAUAUUUGUGUGAAAUUGCACUUUAAUUACUUGAUUUUUCAUGCACCAAAGUCACCUGUAAUUUAGGGUUUGAUAACUAUAAUUUAUAUGAACCCCAAUACGAGAAACAAGUAAACAUAUAACUUUCUCAUUGCACUUGAAUAUAAUUUGGUCACUACAGGUCCAAGAUAGGUGUUCAUUUGCAUAUAUCGUAGAGACAGAGGGCAGAGACAGGCUUAUCCAUGUGAAUUGGUCUCUAGUCACUGUUUAACCCAGCUGUGUGGCACAGUUUAAGACUGAGUUUCACUGGAAAUGAAAACAUGAAUAUCGAAGAGCAGUGUCUAGAUUUGUGCAAUGUCAAGACAAAAAGCAACGUGGACGAUGAUCGCAACACUACCAACAACACAGAAGGGGUCACCCCCCGGAUCUCUGAACUGAUGACGGACAGUAACACAGAAAAACAAAACAUUGUUCCCACAGAGGCCUCUGAAACCUACCUGAUGCCUCAGCUCACUGACAACCUCCAGGCUGCCGAGGAGGACAACCACCAGCCACAAGACACACUGGAAAUUGAUGAAGUCAAUGGAAACAGUGCCCAAAACACCCCUGCCAUAGUGAAUCCCACUGACUUGAUCUUUUCUAACGAUGACCAGCACAAGGGUGACACUGGGGAGGAAAAAAUGAAGGAAGAGAAGGACAGUGAUCCUGCAACGCUUGUGGAAGAAGGGGAAGAUGGUGGGGACAUGGACAUAGGUGUGGAUCUGAGUCUUGAUGAAAGUGGGGUGUUGGAGGCUGAAUCUGCAAAUGUUCGAUCAUUUUCAGAUAAUACUUUAGACUCAGAGUCCACUCCUCAGGAUGUCCCAGCUGGCAGCACGACAGAAAGCCAGUCAGAUGCAAACCAGACGUGCAGCACAGAGGCUUCUGUCACGGACCAAGCUGGACUGUAUCCCUCAGUGCAGGAGGAGGACGAUAAACACAAACCAAGUGGCAAAAGGGUGACAUUUCCCUCAGAUGAGGAUAUCGUUUCUGGAGCAGUCGAGCCAAAGGACCCCUGGCGACAUGCUCAGAAUGUGACGGUGGAGGAGAUCCUCUCUUCCUACAAACAAGCGUGUCAGAAACUCAACUGCAAACCUAUACCCAAAGUGCUCAAACAAAUACAGGAACUGAAAGACCUGACGCAGCGAAAUGAAUGCUUGGAUCUAAAAGGUGAGAAGCUUGACUACAAAGCAUGCGAGUCUCUGGAGGAGAUUCUGAAGAGGGUCCAGUUUAAAGUGAUAGACCUGGAGCAGACCAACCUGGAUGAAGAUGGUGCAUCAGCCCUCUUUGACAUGAUAGAGUACUAUGAGUCAGCAACACAUCUCAACAUCUCCUUCAACAAGCACAUUGGCACACGAGGAUGGCAGGCUGCCGCUCACAUGAUGAGAAAGACGAGCUCUCUGCAGUAUCUUGAUGCCCGUAACACUCCUCUACUGGACCACUCAGCUCCUUUUGUAGCACGAGCGCUCAGGAUCAGUGGCAGCCUGGCAGUCCUCCACCUGGAAAACGCUGGCCUGUCUGGCAGACCGCUCAUGUUACUGGCUACGGCUCUGAAGAUGAAUAUGAACCUACGGGAGUUGUACCUGGCAGACAACAAGCUCAAUGGCCUGCAAGACUCAGCUCAACUUGGCAAUUUGCUCAAGUUCAACUACAAUAUUCAGAUCCUGGACCUGCGCAACAACCACAUCCUAGACUCUGGUCUGGCCUACGUGUGUGAAGGACUAAAAGAGCAGAGGAAAGGCCUCGUCACUUUGGUGCUAUGGAACAACCAGCUCACACACAACGGCAUGGGCUACCUCGCUGCUGCACUGCCAUGCACCCAGAGUCUGGAGACUCUGAACCUUGGCCAUAAUUCAGUGGGAAACGAAGGAGUCCACAAGCUGAAAGACGGACUGAUUGCCAACCGCUCAGUGCUUAGACUGGGUCUUGCUUCCACCAAGCUGUCCUGCGAAGGAGCUGUCGCUGUGGCUGAAUUUAUCGCCGAGAGCCCCAGACUUCUGCGUCUGGACCUCCGAGAGAACGAGAUCAAGACAGGUGGCCUGAUGGCCCUUUCACUCGCCCUGAAGGUCAACACCUCUCUGCUGCGUCUCGACCUCGACCGGGAACCCAAGAAAGAAACUGUGAAGAGCUUCAUUGAGACGCAGCGCGCCCUGCUGGCUGAGAUCCAGAAUGGCUGCAAGAGAAAUUUUAUCCUUGCCAAGGAAAAGGAGGAAACCGAGCAGAAGAUGAGACAGUCGGCCUCCAUGGCUGAAAUCGCCACAGAGGAUGGGACCAGGGAAGAUGAAGAGGAGCAAGAGCCAGCAUCAGAGGAGAAAGUAGACAAAGAGGGAGAGGAAGGGGGUGAAACAACAGGAGACGAAGGACGGACAAGCAGCCAGUCGGGAGCGAGUUCAGAGACGAGUGUUCCUCAAGUCCUGGAGUCUGACUCCGACACUGAGGAUGAGGAGGAAGCAGAAGUGGUAACAAAGCCUUCUUCCACUUCAAACUCCUCCACCCUUUCAAACCAGGCCGCUCCUCAAGCCCAGGCAGGUGUUGCACAGUCGCCCCUCAGUGCCUCAUGUACGUCCUCACCCCCGCCUGCCUCACCUGCUGCAGGAACAAGCAUCAUUUCCGGCAUCACUGUCACAGAAUCUCCAGUUCCUCCCGGCACCCCUCCAUCUCCCGGCCGCUGUAUAUCCGUCUCAAGCCCGGGUAGGGGUCACAAGAUUUUCAUGGUAACUCGAGUGGAGAGUCCACCUGAGCAGCAGCUGUUCCAACUUCAGAUGGGUACACCUGCAGCUCCCAGCCAGACUAAAGAGGCCUCAAAGAAGCCUGUGGACGUGAACCCACCCGUGACACAGCAGACAAAGCUCCCGCCUCCAUCUCAAACUCCUACAGAAACACUACAGACAAAAGAGGACGCGAAGGAGAGUUCCCCCGCUCUGUCAAUAGACUGUAAAAUGACAGAGCAGAGUCCUGUAGCACCUGUACAGUCCUCACUAAAUACCACACAGACCCACAAACUAGAACCACAGUCUCAACCUCAACCCACAGAGGAUGUGACAGCCAGAACUUUAGACCCAGACGUGAAAGAUCCGAGUCUACAAGCACCAUCCCUGCCUUCAGAUUCCUCAUCAGUGCAGGCUGUAGCAUUUCAGGUCACUGAGGGGGUAACAGAGGUCCCUGAAAGCCCCCAGCCAGAGCCUGCUGUAGUAGAAGCAAACAAGGAAGGACAGGAGGAGGGAGGUCAUGUAGAAAAUGGUAGACAGGUGAUGCCCCCAGACUGUAAACAUUCAGAUGAACUGAAUCAACCCCAGACUAGUUUACCUACACAGCAGCAACUAUUAACAUCUGCACUUGAACAGCUCCAGAAUGACUUAGCAUCUGCGUCAGAGGAGGCACCAAACCAAACAGAGGAGCCAUGGCAGGAGAAGCAGGAAGCACCAGUCAGCUUAUCAGAAAAUGAAAACCCCAGUUUAACAGAGAAAGAGGAGCCAAGCCAAGAGGAACCGAGGCCAAAACAGCAAACAGAGGCAGAUGAGCAGGAAGCAGAGCCCAUUCUCUGCGUCCAGACUGAUCAGCUUGGACCAUCUUUCACUCAAGAUGGAGCACAAGAUUCAAACCCUGGAGCAGGAGAGGCCUCAACGAGUCCCGACCCGGCCUCAACUGGGCCUGAAGUGGUUGCUGAAGUAAAUCCAGACUCACCGGUUGAGGAGGAGGAAUCGGCCGAUGAGAGUUCUGCAGACGACGGCGAGUGUUUUGCCGAGGCUCUGGACGGGGAGGUGGUCGGUUCGGCUCUGCCCAACGGCCUGAAGUCUGAGUUCUCCCUCCACCUUCUCGACACUGAAAGCCCCAAGCCCGGUAGCUGCGUGAUGGAGCACGUGAGUGUGAGCUGUGGACAGGAGUUGGAGGACAUGCUGCUAGAAGCCAGUUUGGAGACGGGGAGAGACGCACCAUGAGGUGGUGAAGUAAGCAUUAAUCUGAACUGCGAGGACAGGUGAAAACAGCACUCGGAUAGUUUGUCAGGCUCUACUACGUGACCGGUUGCCCUACGAUGUUUUUGUUUGACUCAACCACCAACACAACUUUUCCAUAAAGGACAGAAGAUCCAGUGUUACAGUCGAGACUCUGUACGUGAAAACACGAGCUAAUUAUGGAAGAGACGGGAAGGACAGAAUCGACCAGUGGAGCUCGGCUGUGACAAAUCUGGAAUCCUCUACAUCCACACUACAUCGACCACUGAAACACACACACAUAUGCGCAUUGGAUAUGCAAAAAGGGGGAGGGAAAUAAGAGAAAUAAAAUCACCCUGUUGUCACUACAUUUUGUCAAUCUGCAAUCUUUACACUCAAACAACUGCCUGUGAGAGAGAAGAGAGACGGAGGGCAGAUGAAACACUAACCAAAGACAGAACACAGACCUUUCUCACAGCCCCUACGUGCUCUCUUCUGUAGAUUUUCACUGUAGUCGGGGAAAUAUCUAGCAAAUAAAGUUGUUUUUGUUUUUUUUUUUUCAUAACACACCUACACAAAGACAUAACGGUGAUGAU